ACACACACACACAAACAGAGGAAUGAGAUGUGGAGUGUUGCUAUGAAAGAGGCGGAUUUACAUGAAGGACAGCGCAGCAGAGACAACUGGAGUGGAGGAGGGGGAGUCACACUCAUUGGGACAAGAACAUGACUUGAAGAUGAGCUGUCCUCAGGCUGAGUUAGAGGAGGAAUGUCCUCCACCAGAGGAAUUAGAGUGUAAGAUCUGUUACCAACGCUACAAUGCCAACAACCGCAAGCCUAAGAUCCUGGACUGCCUGCACCGGGUCUGCGCCCGCUGCCUCAUUAAGAUCCUGGACAUUGCAGACGGAGCAAGUUUCAUCUCCUGCCCCUUUUGCCGACACCAAACUGAAAUCACAGAGUACGAGGUGUCAGCCCUCCCUGACGAUGCUAUCAUCAUGUCCCAUUUGGCAAUGCGGGACAAAUCCUGGAGUUCCGACCACAACAAGGAGGUGGUCCUGACUCCGACGAGUUUCUCUUCCUCCAGCCCAUCUCAUGACUCCUCCAACUGCCUGGUCAUCACUAUAAUGGAAGUGCAGAGGGACUCACAGCACUCCCCAAGCAGAAAUGGCAGCUCCGAUGUCUAUGCUGAGCAGAGCCUGGACUCAGUCUCGAUGGGCUCCAAUGGGCUGGCUGAUCAGGAUGCCCUGUCCAAGUUCUGUAAUCAUGUCCCACGCAUCCUGGUCUGGCUGCUGGGUUUCUUGUACUUUGGCUCACUGCCUCUAGGAAUCUACUUGUUGGUGAUUCAGAGAGUAACACUGGGCAUUGUAUGUGUGAGCUUGGUGCCAUCAAGCCUGACAGUUUGCCUGGUCUAUGGGUUCUGCCAGUGUCUGUGCCAGGGCAUGUGUGACUGCUCCUCCAGGGGCUGAUAGGAUAUCAGAGGACUGGUAGUGCAAGGAUGGGAUAAAGUCAGCCACAGUCAACAGGUAUUUGAUUUGAUUUGUGAAAAGAAAUGGCAUCAAAAGGUAAAGAGGGUGACCUCUCCUAUAAAGACUUUGCAAGCCUACCAGUCAGUUAUCUUCAUGCAAAUAAUGGGGCUAGUUAAGAGACCUUUAGUAUUGGUCCAGGCUUUUGUUAGGCCAACUGCUGCAACUCAGAGACCAGUUUGGCCCAACAGGAACAGAGCCUCUGACAAGAUGUGUCAGGUGGAGCAGCGCCUGAACCUACAAUUCUGUGAUGUAUUUCUGUAUCCUUUAUCUGUUCUGUGUUGUGUGUAUGACUUAGUCCAUUAAUCUUUGACUUGCAUAAGGACAGCACUGAUAGAGUCCUGGGCCCUCAUUUAUCAACACUGUGUACCCAACAAAAAUCUUGCAUGCAGUCAUCUAUUUUUUUUGUUUUGUUAUUCUCAGGAUGAUAAGUUAA